UCGUGCAUGUGAGUUUGAGUGAGACAUAUUCGCUCUGUCUGUCCAAUGCGUUGCGUUACUCAUCCGUUAUUUAAGAGCUCUGAUGUCGUGAUGAGCAUACCAAUGAUCAGUUCUGCGAGAAAAUGGAUCAUGUUGAGAAGCUCAAACCUUUAGGACCUUACGCAGAGGUGAGAUCAGGGUGACAUUCGUGGUUAUUUUCCAAAAUGUGACAUGGCACCGGCGCACCGCGCUCACUGUUGGACAGCCGAGGUGUCAUCGAUCUGAUUUGAUCACUGAUAAAUAAAGCGGCGAGAGAGGAAACAUCAUGCAUUGCGCGUGAAUUAACGGGAGCGUGAAGAUGGAAGAUCUCCUCUCAGUUUCUCCUUGACGCGAACCUACGGAACGGGAGGCGGGCGGUGGGGUGAGCUGAGCGGGGAACCCACCGGCCAAUGUACCGCGGGAACGGUGGCGUGACAGCGGCCCGGGAGCCGGGAAGUCAGAGGGACAGUACGCGUCGGCGGCGUUGACAUUCGUUCCUCCGGGUUUUACGCAGCGGGGAACGAUGGGCUGCGCUCCCAGCAUCCACGUCUCGCAGAGCGGGGUGAUCUACUGCCGCGACUCAGACGAGUCCAACUCGCCGCACCAGACCACCACCAUCUCGCAGGGCACGGCGACCACCCUGCACGGCCUCUUCAUCAAGACCGACGCGGCGGACACCAUCCCCUCCGUCAUCGCGUACCAGAGCAGGCACACACGGACAAACUCCCAGCGGGAGCGGAAAGAAAACAGCGGUGGCCACAUCUGCAUAGAGGCCGAGACUCAGACCAGCAAAACCAGUGUCAAGGUGUCUGCUACAGAAGAGCGUUUGGGGCCGAUGCGUCUGAGUCAGGAGCCCAUACAGGUGUUACUGGUGUUCGCUAAAGAGGACAGUCAGAGCGAUGCGUUCUGGUGGGCGUGUGAGCGGGCGGGAUUCAGGUGUAACAUCGCACGAACAGCUGAGUCUGCCGUGGAGUGUUUCCUGGAUAAACACCACGAGAUCAUCAUCAUUGACGGGCGGCACUCGCACUACUUUGAGGCCGAAGCUGUCUGCCGGAUGAUUCGAGUGACCAAGCCUUCUGAGCACACAGUCGUUUUAGCAGUGGUGCCACAAAUUCCCACUGAUCAGGAAGAGCCAUCUGUUCUCCCUCUUCUCUCUGCUGGCUUCUCCAGAAGGUAUGUGGAGAACAGCAGUGUAUCAGCGUGCUAUAAUGAGUUAAUCCAGUUAGAGCAUGGCGAGGUGCGCGCUCAGUUCAAACUAAGGGCUUGUAACUCAGUGUUUACUGCGUUAGAACAGUGUCAGGAAGCUGUAGAGAUCAGCAGUGAAGAUCGUGUCAUACAAUAUGUAAAUCCAGCAUUUGAAAAGAUGAUGGGCUACCACAAAGGAGAGCUGAUUGGUAAAGAGUUGACCGAACUGCCCAAGAGUGACAAAAACAGCGCCGACCUGCUGGACACCAUCAACACCUGCAUCAAGAAAGGAAAGGAAUGGCAGGGGGUCUGUUUCUCACGGAAGAAGUCUGGUGACAGUAUUCAGCAAUAUGUGAGAAUCACUCCUGUGAUUGGCCAAGGAGGGAAAAUCCGCCAUUUUGUGUCCAUCAAGAGGGCUUAUAGUGACAACCAUAGACAGGUUCACAAACUCAGCCGAGAAGAGAAGCUCUGUGGUGAACUCUUACAAUCAGAAUGUAAUUCCAUGCAUCACAAAGACCGGAGGAAAGAAUCUGUGGACGUCAGAUCAAUCAGCUCACACAGCAGUGAUGCUCCCAGUCUACAGAAUCGCAGAUAUUCCUCUAUGGCCCGUAUUCACUCCAUGACUAUUGAAGCUCCAAUCACAAAGGUGAUAAAUAUCAUAAACGCAGCACAGGAGAGCAGUCCCGUGACAGUGGCGGAAGCUCUAGACCGUGUUUUGGAGAUCUUGCGGACCACAGAACUCUACUCACCCCAGCUGGCCUCAAAAGAGGACGACCCCCACACCAAUGACCUGGUGGGGGGACUCAUGAGUGAUGGACUCAGAAGGUUGUCAGGGAAUGAGUAUGUCUUCUCCAAAAGUGCAUUAAACAAUAUGAGUCAAAGUCAGCUGGCAGCGCCUGUCCCGUUAAACGACGUCCCGCCCUCCAUCGCAGAGCUGCUGAACAAGGAAGAGCGCUGGGAAUUCAACAUCCUGGAGCUGGAAGCAGCUACACACAAGAGGCCGCUCUCAUAUCUGGGUCUGAAGAUCUUCACUGCUUUCGGUGUGUGUGAGUUUCUGAACUGCACAGAAGCCACAUUGCGCUCUUGGCUGCAAGUGAUCGAAGCAAAUUAUCAUGCCUCCAACUCCUACCACAAUUCAACACAUGCCGCCGAUGUUCUGCAUGCCACUGCAUACUUCCUGCGCAAGGACAGAGUCAAGGGCAGUCUAGAUCAGUUGGAUGAAGUUGCAGCGUUAUUAGCGGCGACGGUCCAUGACGUUGAUCACCCAGGUCGAACCAACUCAUUCCUGUGCAAUGCAGGAAGUGAACUGGCCAUUCUGUACAACGACACGGCCGUCCUGGAAAGUCAUCAUGCCGCUCUCGCAUUCCAGCUUACCGUACAAAACAACAAGUGUAACAUCUUCAAAAACAUGGAGAGGAAUCAGUUUCGAAGCCUACGGCAAGCCAUAAUAGACAUGGUGUUGGCCACAGAAAUGACGCGACACUUUGAGCAUGUCAACAAGUUUGUAAACAGCAUCAACAAACCCAUGAGUGCUAUUGAAGAGACAAGCUCCAAUAGUGAAGGCAGUGAUUGUGAGGGUCAGGCCAGUAUUCGCAACUCUCCUGAAAAUCGGCUGUUAAUUAAACGGAUGCUGAUUAAAUGUGCUGAUGUGGCCAAUCCCUGCAGACCUCUAGAGCUCUGUAUCGAAUGGGCAGGACGCAUUUCAGAAGAGUACUUCGCUCAGACUGAUGAGGAGAAAAGACAAGGUUUACCAGUUGUCAUGCCUGUGUUCGAUCGGAAUACCUGCAGCAUUCCCAAAUCCCAGAUCUCCUUUAUUGACUAUUUCAUCACAGACAUGUUUGACGCCUGGGAUGCCUUUGCCAGUUUGUCAGGCUUGAUGGAGCACUUGGCGGAAAACUACAAAUACUGGAAGAACUUGGAUGAGUUGAAGUGUAAAAGCCUGCGACCUCCGCCUCCUCCGUGACCCUGAUGAACCCUACCCUCCUGGGGUCAAAGGUCAGAAGUCAUGCCAUGAAUGUAGCAUCUCUACCUGACCUCAAUAGAUUCCGUUUACUGAACGCAGAUCAGCAGCCCGUUUUCCCGACGACGCUCCACCCCUAGCGACAAUCGCCCCGGUUACAAGGGUAAAACACAAAUGAACGACAAACAAAUGCACUUUAACCAAUCCUCCUCCAGCAUCUUUUCACUCUCUUUUCUCUUUUUAAAUCCUUCUGUGUCUUUUUGGCUGUUUUUAAACAUUUCUGGACAACGAUUUUUGUAAUUGCAUACUUGUCUGGAAGAAGAUCACGAUUUUAGUCCAGUAGAGGACAGUAUAUAUAAUCUAUAUUCUCAAAUAUGGGGUAUACAGUGGGACUGAAGACAUUUAUGCUCAUAGAGGUCUGAAACUGAAGACAAACCCAUGAAGACACAUAUAUACAUUAUAAACAGACAUGAACUCCUCGAUCACAGAUCUGAAUGCCAAAAGGGCUUUAUUUAGAGUCUGAAGAAGUUGUAAGGAGAACAGUACCACAGAGGCUACAGGUGUUUUCCACGAUGCCUAAGUGCAGGAAGGCUAAACCCAAGUGAAUUACCCUGUAUUGGGAUGUACAAAGGACCUAGUACUGAACCUUGAGGCACACCACAAUUUUCCUUCAGUACCAGCCCACCUGCUUCUUUCUGGUUUGAUAAAACUGGACAAGAAUGGAAUAAGUUGACUGAAUUUUGUCAACAGAAACAAAUGUCAAGUUGCCAAAAUGGCAGAACUGAAGACAUUCUAGCACUGAGCAUGAUUCAGUGUUUAAGAAUGUAAAACUGUGACGGAUCAGCUCACCGAGAGCCAUCAUUAUUCCAGCACUUUCUGUAUCAGAACAAUUCAAGCCUUUCUCAGACUCCAAGGACUGGUGUGUAUUAAUCAAUAAUUUUGAUAUAAAUAGCCAAUAAUAACAAAGAAUAUAUUUCGCAAAACACUGUAUAUCCAGACACAUACUGUACCAAAAUGAAGCUUGAUGAUGAUGAUGUGUGUGUGUGUGUGUGUGUGUGUGUGUGUGUGUGUGUGUGUACUCAAAUGUUAUGAUUGUGAUGAAUGUAUCGACAGAUGAGAACAUUUCACUCACAACAUUACAGUUAACAUUCCUACUGUACUUCACCGUCCGUAUGGACACAACAUUCCCUAAUCUUCAGUGUUAUACUGUGUGUAAACCUUCAUUUCAGAACCUAAACUACAGCACAGCCUCAUAACAAGACCACCCAUACGCUGACAUUUGCUCAUGUCGAUGGGUGGCUCGCACAUGUUUUAAGUGUUAAACCAUUUUUAAGUAUUUACCAAGGAGCUUGGAUGUAUACUGUGCCGGAAUCUCUGGUCUACUUUUACCUAGGCAAACAGCCAUAGUUUGUCUGUACUGUCUUGAUUCGAAUGAAUCCAUCGUGAAAGGUGCGUUUAUAAUCAAGUUUUUAACAAAUGUUUAGCUGAAGCUAUUUCAACUUUGUGACAGGGACUGAAAAAGAGGGAUUUUCUCUAUUUGAACAGAACGUGGCUUUGUUUAUGUUUGUUCAAAAACACCAAAUUUUUGACCAAAUAAGAAAAAAAAAAAUGUAACACGUAAUAUUUCAUGUUCUAAGUGAAAUGGGCAGAUGGAUGCAUACUGGAGCUAAACAGUGUUGGCUCACAGACAGGCUUAGUUGGAAUUUAUUAAAUGUUUAUUUUUGGUAGAAGUUUGGCCCUCUAGUCUUUAUGUGUUGCGUGGACUUGUCGUAAAGAGCACUUGAGCAGGAUCAUGAGAACGUCACCUUUACAUCACAAUGACUGUUCUAGAACACACAAGCACAACAUCACAACAACAGAGAGUUCUAGAAUGUUCUGAAACAACUAAAGAGUUCUAAAGAGUUCUGGGACUGCAUCACAAAGUUAGGUUAUUGUACGAUGGUCUUGUAGAUUGCAGCAUUUUUUUGCUUUUAUAAUGAUAUUGUAAAAUGCUCUGGACAGCAGAGUUUUGAUGGUGCAUUUGGAGCAGCGUGCAGGGUUUUGAUUUUUCUUCUUUCCUGUCCUCUCAUCCUUCCUGAUUUUAUCUGUUUCCCUCCUUUUUUCUUUUUUGUUUAAUGUGAUCAUUAUAGUUGAGGUGUGGUUUCAGUAACACUUUCUAUGAAGCUUGUAUAAAAAACGGAUUAAAAAAAAUAAUUCUUGAUGCAUUAUAAAGUAGGGAUGGUUAUCAGUAAUGACGAAAAUAAUUAUCGGCUAUCUGUGUUUUAUGAAACUUCUAUAUCAAGGUCUUCCUAUUAUACAUUUAUUUAUAAUGGCUUGUCUUUGUAUCCCACUACGACUUUACAAAGUGCAUUUCAACAGUGGUUUAACCUCGUGCAACCUCGCGAACACAUGCGUGGAUGUUGUAUUUUGGCUUCGCUAUACACAACGCAUAAUUUAAUUUAAUUUAAACUGACUGAUCUCAGUUCAGGAGACUCUGUGCUGUCAGUAAAGGGUGAAACUUUCGACGUACAGACUUAUGUGACAAAACAACAUGGCGCUGAUCACAGCGGAGUUUGUCUUUUGGAGAAACGCCAACAAAACUACAUCUAGUAAGAACCCUAAUUACGUUUUUACAUUGAAAGAUGUUUGAGUCAAAAGAUUAGUCUCUAGUUUCAUAUGAUAUGCCAUUUUUAAAAUUUGAGUGAUUUAUCACGAAACGCUAAGCUUCUAAACAAAAUGUGCCAUAAUGUGUACAACAGCACAAGAUUUUCAUCAGAAAUCCUAUAUUUACUCUGCAUUUUCACAUUGAUGGAAAACAUUUCCUUUCAGAGGAUUUAUAUGGAGUUAGGAUGAAAAUAAGGUGCAUUUUGAACUGUACUGAGACCAGUGCAGGCAGACAGCACACUGGAGGUUUAGUCAUUUACUAAAUAGGGAGCAAGGGAGCAUCCUACAUCUUUCCUAUGAAGCCAAAUGCAUUCAAUUCAAACUUUCUAUCAAAAGUUUAGUUUCAGGCUGAAGAUGAUGUUUGAACCACUCAACAUGGUUGGCAGACAUGGCACAAUGGUAAUCACUACUUAGAUUCAGAAUGAAUUAUGCUAAUUUCUGAUUGGUAAAAUGCUUCAGCAUUGGCUAUCACCUGUUUGUUUGACGUGCAAAGAGAGAACACUGAGAUUUUGUUGCCAAAGUAGGAAAAAAAAAAUUGAAAUAUAAAUGUCAAAUCAAGUCGAAUAAUUUUUAUUUGUAUAGUUUUUAUUUGUGCUUUUCCCAGAACACAUUGUUCCAAAGCAGCUUUACAGAAAUCAGCUGUAAUGUCAGUAACGUCUCAAAAAUAUGAAUAACUAACAUUCCUGGAAACAUUUGUGCAUUUGAUUAAAAAAGACUUUCUAUAGCUUGGUAUUAUUUAAAAUUGCACAACUUAGUCCCACUG